UUGGAGAAUGACCGAUCAGUACUCAAAUUGGUCUGUCAAAGGCGUGAGAUAUUUUUCGAAAAAAGUCAUCAUCUGUGUUAGUUUGGUAUACAGCUAGCGGCAUACCUCUCGUAUAUUAGUCGGAUCGAAGAUGGAGAAUCAUCAUCACUUUGGCCAUCAUCACCAUGAAAAUGAACAACACCAUGAAGCAGACCAUCACCACAGACGAGAUGAUUCACCACGACGAGGCGACCUGUUAGAGAGUGAUCCAGGUCAACAUUACAAGCAUUCGCCAACUGUGGAAACUUUUCCAGUUACAACUGUUGAUUUCGAUCAUGCAAGGUCUGAGGAGAGAAAACACAAGAAAGAGGAGCAUCACGCAGAGCUUGGUGCAUUGGCAGCAGGUGCCUUUGCUAUGCACGAGCAUCACAAAUUAAAAUCAGGAGGAGAAGAAGACUCUGGCAGACACAAGCUGGAAGAGGAAAUUGCAGGUGGCCUGGGAGUAGGGGCCGUUGGCUAUGCGCUGUAUGAACAUCAUGAGAAGAAAAAAGAAGAGAAGGAAAUGGAAGAACUCGAGAAGCGUGGACACGAGAAGCAUGGGUGGUUUAGCUGAAUCUCUAUCCAUGUCAUAGGUCCCACGUAUCCACCAUGCAUUUACGAUACUCUGGAACUAUUGAUUUGAGAAAUUCAGUCUCUUUAGGACAGACUGAAGAGUGGUGGCACUCUUUAGUCUUUUUAUUGCAAGACGCGCCUUGCUUCAAGAUUCCGUGCUACAUCUAAACGUAGAUAAAAUCGCGAUCUUUCUCAUAAGCAUAGCCAGGAUGUGGAAGAACCAUGCCAGUUUGCAGACGCUUUUCGAGUGCAGUCUUUGCAAACACGCUGUCAAAGUUGAUGAUCAGGAUAUUCAGAAUAAAACAACAAUUGCGGAAUCUGAAACAUUUCCAAGUUU